CACAUCUUUACUCUGCUCUUUGCUCUUCUUAUUCUCCAUUACAUCUGUCCAUCUACUCAUACUAUUCACUCUUCACCAACAACCAGAAUCAUGCAAUUCAGCAACAAGCUCGUCUUUCUCUUUUACCUUUUGUUGGCAUUCGCUGCUUCCAACAUGAUUAUGGCUCUUCCUUUGCAUCGUCGCGGUUCGUCUUAUUCCGGUGAUGGCACUUUUUAUGCUGUCGGCUUGGGUUCCUGUGGCCAAACCAACAGCGAUAGCGAGAUGGUCGCUGCAUUGAGCUCGAGCUUGAUGGCAGGUGGCGAGAACUGUGGCAAGAAACUCACGGUGACCAGCGAUAGUGGAUCCGUUACUGUUACUGCUGUCGAUACCUGCCCUAGCUGCGCUACUGGUGAUGUUGAUUUCAGCUCUGCUGCUUUCCAGAAGUUGGGUGAUGUUGACGAAGGUCGCAUCCCCAUCGAAUGGUCCUUUGCCUAAAGGGAAGAAUGCCUUUCUUGCUCUCUUGUAACUUUUCAUCAUUCGCGCGCUGGUUUGCGUUAUGUAACUACUAUAAUUACCACUACACUUACUACUACCCCACCCUAAAUAGAAUUGAUUGUACAUUCAUGGUUUGCUUCACACAACCCUUUCCCUUCAAACCCCUUCAGCUGUUUCUCGAUUUCAUUGAUCUUCUUUGUUUUUUUUUUCAAUAUAUAUAUAUAUAUAGCACAUUCAUACUUACAUGUUUUUUCCAUAUCAUACCUACAGUUCUCCCCUUUUCUUUCGUCGAUUUAUCCCUCUUUCUGUUAUUUUGUGUAAAGUGCCUCGUCCUCAUGCAGGAGUGUAUCUUUGCAUAUAAGUACGCACACACAUGAAUAAACAGAUUUGAUGUAGCAUUCUCA